GCUGUUUGAAUCAACAUGCAGGAAGUGAGGGUGCAGUCAGCACACAGUAGCAAGCAAACCAGUGGCCUGCUGUUUUUAUCUCCUGGCUCUCGGAUGUCCUUUUCGGAACCAGACACAAGCUCUGAGCAUGACCUGGAGAGUGACCCAGGCAACUGGUCAGUCCUGGACCACCUGGGUCUGGACCAGAGCUCAGAUUUUUCAGACACCAGCGUGCAACAGAAAUUGGAUGAAGAGAAAGAGAAAAUUAAACGUGAGAUCCGCAAAGAAUUGAAAAUAAAGGAGGGAGCAGAAAAUUUACGCAAGGCUACCACAGACCGUAAGAAUCUCUCCAAUGUGGAAAACUUGCUCAAGAACUCCAACCGCAAACUGGAAACGUUGCAUCACCAGCUUCAGGAUCUCAAUGCACAUAUUGUCGUCAAGGACCCUGAAGAGCUGGGGGAUGCCCCACAAUCACCAGGCAGCUUGAGCCGAUCAACAGCUAACAAAAGUCGUAUUGCUGGUCUGGAAAAGCAGCUCAACAUUGAGUUGAAGGUGAAGCAGGGCGCAGAGAACAUGAUCCAGAUGUAUGCCAACGGUGCUGCCAAAGACCGGAAGUUGCUGCAGACAGCCCAGCAAAUGCUACAAGAUAGCAAAACCAAGAUAAAUAUUAUCCGCAUGCAGAUUCGCAAGGCUGUGCAAGCUGACGAAGUGCAGCUGACUAUGGAAGAUGGGCAAGGGAACACAGACCUAAGCGCCAUAGAAUUGAGAAUUGAGGAGCUUCGCCAUCAUUUCCAAGUAGAAUAUGCUAUAUCUGAGGGUGCCAAAAACGCACUGCGUCUUCUGAGCUCCAGCAAAGUUCAGGAUCGUCAUGCUAUUUCUGAGGCACAGACCAAGCUGAACGAAUCAAGCCAGAAGUUGGAUCUUUUGCGAUAUUCUCUGGAGCAACGUCUGGCUGAACUGCCUGAAGAUCAUCCAAAGGCCUGCAUCAUCAAGGAGGAACUCAUCAUGGCAUCCUCUCCUGCCUUCAGUGCCCGCAAUACCACUUCCUACCAGCAUAACCAAUAUAAUACCCUAUCAAAGCCAUCUCCACUUACAGGGAUCCUGGAAGUGCAGUUGUUGGGCUGCAGUGGAUUGCUGGAGGUUGUCCCAGGACGUACCCGUGGCUCCACUGUCUGCCUGCCUUGCAACAGUCCUGGUGAAGCACGGCCUUCGUUCAUGAGCCGCAGUGGGAGAGGGCUGUAUAAUCGCAGUGGUAGUGUAAGCGGCAGGACCUCCAUCAAAUCGGAAGAUACCAGCAAUGAAGUAAGUGCUGUAUUGAAGCUGGACAAUGGAGUUGUAGGUCAGACCGCUUGGAAAUCUAUUGGCCUACAAGCUUGGAACCAGGUUUUCACAGUGGAAUUAGAAAGGUCAAGAGAGCUGGAGAUUGGCGUCUAUUGGCGUGACUACCGCAGUCUCUGUGCCCUGAAAUACCUCAAGCUGGAAGAUUUUCUUGAUAAUGAACGCCAUGAAAUUCACCUGGAACUGGAGCCACAGGGUACUCUGUUAGCAGAGGUUAUCUUUUUUAACCCUGUCAUUGAGCGCAUACCCAAGCUCCAGCGACAGAAGAAGAUCUUUUCCAAGCAGCAAGGGAAAGCUUUCUUGCGUGCUCGUCAGAUGAACAUUGAUAUUGCCACAUGGGUACGUCUCCUGCGACGCAUCAUUCCCACUGCCAGUACUACAGGCACUUAUAGCCCCUCAACGCAGAUGACUCCAACAUCUGGCUCAGAAAGUAGGCAGAGCUCUGGGGACAUUGCCAUUGAGAAGCUGAAUUUGGAUGGGGAUAGAGUUCAUAUUGGGCAUUUGGGCCAGGAUGAUGCUGAGCUUCCUGGGAAGGUCUUACUGACUUCACAAGCUGGGGAGGAGGUCUUUCAGAUGGAGUUAGGUUCAGGAGGUGACACUAGAGGAUCUGAAAGUACUUUUCACAGCAGCCAUCUGAGAAAAACACCUCUCACUAUGGAUGAUUUCCAUUUUGUAGCUGUGCUAGGUCGUGGACACUUUGGCAAAGUGUUGUUAUCUGAGUUACGCCGAACAAAAGAACUGUUCGCUAUUAAGGCAUUAAAGAAAGGGGAUAUUGUUGCAAGAGACGAAGUAGAGAGCCUGAUGUGUGAGAAGCGGAUUUUUGAGAUCGUGACCCAAGCACGGCAUCCUUUCCUAGUGAACCUUUUUGCCUGUUUCCAGACACCCCAGCAUGUCUGUUUUGUCAUGGAGUACACAGCAGGUGGUGACCUCAUGAUGCACAUACACACCGAUGUUUUCUCAGAGCCACGUGCAACGUUUUAUGCUGCUUGUGUUGUCCUGGGCCUGCAGUUUCUUCAUGACCACAAGAUAGUAUAUAGGGAUCUGAAGCUGGAUAACUUACUAUUGGACACAGAAGGCUUUGUGAAAAUUGCAGAUUUUGGCCUCUGCAAAGAAGGAAUGGGCUAUGCCGACCGUACCAGCACAUUCUGUGGGACACCAGAGUUUCUGGCUCCUGAGGUGCUUACAGACACCUCCUACACAAGAGCAGUCGAUUGGUGGGGCUUGGGGGUCCUUAUUUAUGAGAUGCUUGUAGGUGAGUCCCCAUUCCCAGGAGAUGAUGAAGAAGAAGUAUUUGACAGCAUUGUCAACGACGAAGUGCGCUACCCCCGUUUUCUUUCCACAGAGGCAAUUGGAAUCAUGCGCCGGCUGCUGCGUCGGAAUCCAGAAAGGCGCUUGGGGUCUAGUGAGCGCGAUGCAGAAGAUGUGAAGAAGCAUCCAUUUUUCAGAACCAUUGAAUGGGAAGCUUUGCUGGCUCGUAAGAUCAAACCACCUUUUGUGCCAGUAAUUAAGGGCCGUGAAGACAUCAGCAACUUUGAUGAGGAGUUUACUGCUGAAGCAGCUGUGCUGACACCACCCCGUGAAUCACGGCCCCUCACCCAAAAGGAACAGGAUGCCUUCAAAGAUUUUGACUAUGUCUCCAGUGUCUGCUAGCUCCGGAAGUGAGGGCAAGGAGAUUUCCUCAACACUGCCAGCUCAGUGAGGCAGAAUUCUGUUCCUCCGUUGACUCAAAGACACUUCCUAGUACUGCCUGCUAGCCCCAGAAGCGAAAUCCAGAAAAAACCAAUCACAUUGCUAACAUAAUGGGAAACGAGUAGUGUUCACCAAUGUAUGCCUGGUCUGGGAUUAGAAGGGCAAAUUCCAGUAAUAUUUCUGCAUUGCGCAGAACACAGUAUAAUUCAUGCAGAAAGUUGGGCACCUGCUGGCUCAAAGGGAGGGGAGGAAAGAGAAAGAAAGAGAGAAAGAAAGAACGAUUGACAGCCAACAUAACUAUGUCAACCUGCAUCUUCAUGAAACUGUUAUUUGUCUACAAUGAUUCCCAAACUUUCUACUGGAACAAGCAGAACUAUUAGGAAUCCACAGUACUGGAGAUGCUGAAGUCAAAGGGCCAUUCUCUGCCCUAACAUACUGUUGUGAAGGAUUUUUUAAAACCAUAUUGUGAAAAAAAAGGGGGGGGUUGCCUUUCUGAUACUAUUGCUGAAAUUUACUGCUUCAAAUUCUAACCCAGAAGGGAAAACUGAAUCUCAUUCUGCAUCACAGCUUUCUUUCAGUAUUCAGUUACCGGUGCACAAACUCUCUUGGGUAGAUUUUGAACCAAUUCUGUAAUUCUGGGCUUUCUUGAUAACCAUUUACAAAAAUCUCUCGUUUUUUCCCCCCUCAAGAAUUAACUCCAGGUUCAUAAGAUAGACAUAUGUACCGCUAGUGUAGGUGUGUAAAUUAUUAUCUUACCCUUCCUUGGAAUUCACAGGCUUUGUGCCCAUCCCAUAGUGGUAGCUGGGGCAGAAAGCUUCUUAAAAGUCCUAACUCCCAUACUCCGAACAAAUUAGUUUGGAUAUUGGUGAAUAUCUAGGUCUAGAUGGGAAAUAAUUGCAUUGAAAUAAUUGCAAGAAACAAUCAAGAAAAUAGUGGGGCACCAAGAGAAAAAUUCUUGCUCAUGUGAUUCUGGUCACCAAAUUAUAGUAAUUUAAUGAACAUUACAUUACACUUGAACAGUGUAAGAACCUAUAUACCUGCACCUGCAUAGGUAGUUUUCAGUUAAAUGGCCAACAAACCAUACAUGCAGAGGCUCAUUUAAUAUUUUAAACUGGAGAAGGACUUCUCAGGACAAAAUACUUGAUUCAGUGAGGGGAUAUACUUGAUUAUACAGCAAAAUCAUUGUGGAUUUCAGAGCAACAUGAACUCAAAUCCAUCAUUUGGAAAUAAUGAUCAAAUUGUUUUGUUUCCAUUUCAUAUCCCAGUUUUCUUGGAGAUCUGUAUACUAUUAUGCCAAGAGAGUAUAUCUCAGAUCUCAGGAGAAAAAGUGGUUGAGACUAGAUGCUUUCAGACAGAUAAUUUAGACCUUUACAAUAAAAAAAAAAUCUAGCUAUUUUAGUUUAUUUUUCUGUAAUAGAUCUUCUGUAGUUAGAGAAAAGAAAGGGAAAUGAAGGGAUAAAAAACAGAGGAAAGUUAUAAAUGAACAGCAACACCAGAGCAUGAAAUGAAAUACACAAAUAAGACUGGAAUAGGUUUGUAUAACUCUGUAGACUAAAAUGUAGCUGGCUAAUUUAUGGUUCAGUGUGUUGUGCAAACUCAGUGAGAUUGGCUUAUGAUUUAAUAGAAGUCAGCCAUUUCCCAGACACUUCUUGCUAAUUUGUUAGUUUUAUCAAUAAUUUUGCCUCUAGUAUUCCUAACUUUCACUAGUGACAAUAUACUUGUGCUUGCCCCAUUCUGCCAGUAAGAAGAUAUACUGUACAGGGCUAGAUAGAGUUUUGAGUUAUUGCUCUGGCAAUUAAAAUAUUCAUGAAGAAAGAGGCAACGAGAAAGGAGAAGGACUUUGCGGUGUGUCUAAUGAAAGCACAAUUCUUUUCAAAAAGCAACAUCUACUGUUAUAAUUGUCCACAUUAAAAUAACUUCAUUAGGUUCAUUCUGUAUCAGGAUCACCUGUCCUACAGAAUGAUUGGUUGCCUUUCUUCAGCCGUCAUUGGGAAGUAUUCUACUUUUUUAUUAAUCUGACUUACUUCCUUACAGAUGAUCUGAAAUGUUUGAAUGCAGAUACAGAGGAGCAUAAACAAAAAUGGCAAUAUCUCAAGUGCAAUACAUUAUCUUUUUUUUUAAAAAAAAUAGUAAGCUGUGCCUAGUAUUAUGAGUUAUGCCUGGGGUAAAAACAUUUUUAGAGGUCACUGCCAUCACUUUGUGAUUACCAAAGUAUGUCCCUUUAAAAUACAUUGGUCAAGAGAUUAGAACAAACCUGCCAUUUUUAAGAAAGGCAAGUCUGAUUUGUUACAUGAAAUGGGACAGAACUUUUACAUCUUUCAUUUUUUUUCUCUCAAAGAAGACUUUUCAAGUCUCAUGUAGUCCUGUACCAGAAUUGAAAGAUUGGUAAUAAUUUUAAUUUAAAGAAAGCAACAAAGGUUCCUUCUAGAUGUAAACUGCUUUUUCAAAAGAGUACAAGCAUGGAUUUGUUGCUGUGUUGUGCAUGGUAAGGAAAAGGCACAGUCACUCUAUUGGGAAGGAUUAAGAACGAGGCUUAGAGAGAAACUCAAGCAUAUAUGUGAUUUAUUUAAGGGGCUUGAGGUUUUAAUUUUUGUUUGCUCCUUCUGUACCACUGUGUUACAUUACCAGAAGUGGACUGCACACAUCUGGACAACCACUAGAUAGUAGCAAAAAGAUGCAGAUAACUUGAUUCUAGCAGUCAUCUGGAUUUUUUGCAGCUCAAAUAUGGCAGACCACUAGUUGCUUGCUUUUUUUUUUUUUAAUCACCAGAAAAAAUGGAUGCAUUCAUUAUUUUUAAUUGCAGCAUAGCCUGCUAUAAAAUCAGAACUUCAGGUUUCAGUCCUCCAUUAUGGAGAUAGUCCUGGUGCAAUCUAGAUCACAGAAAUUGCACAGCAUUGCAACAUGAAUUCUGAAGAACGGCCUUUAUUAGCAGAAAGGGUUUUAACUUCCUGUGUGCCUCCUCUUCUGCCUUUUAGAUCUUUUCCAAGGCAUGUCCAAUCUUAGUAGCUAUGUGAAUUUGUGCUAAGAGACACUAUCAUGCUAAAACUGUCUCGUUCAUUAAGUUUCCUUUAUUAUUGUUACUACCUCUGUUGCCUGACCAGGACCACACUGUGUUAUAAAGCCUGAGUUUUAAACUGUAUACAUUUCACUACAAAUGUAUUGAGUUUAUCAAAAUAUUGGAAGAUAUUGGCAAAAACAAAAAUUCCUUUAACUGAACAUUCAUCAUUCAAGAGGUAGGACAUGUGAAGGGUAUUCUAGCCUUCCUUCAAAUUAGAUUCAUAGAUUCUAGACCAGGGGUGUCAAACUCAAGGCUCGGGGGCCAGAUCCGGCCUGCAAGGUACUUAGAUCUGGCGUGCAGGGCCACCCUGGAAACAGUGAAGGACCAGUCCGUGGUACUUCUGCCAGCGAAAACAAAGCUCAGGAGGGCUGCGUGCAGCCCUUCCGAGCUCCAUUUUUGCUGGCAGUGGGUUGCAGGAGGCUGUGGCAGCCAAAAACAGAGCUGGGGAGCCCAUUUUCACUGACAGAGCACUUGGGCCACCACAGGGGCCCCCGACACAACAUCAAGCUGGCCACGCCCAUCCUGGCCAUGCCUAUCCUGGCCCCCCAAGGUCAAACACAACCCUGAUGUGGCCCUCAAUGAAAUCAAGUUUGACAUCCCUCUUCUAGACCCACAGUCUUAGUUCUACAGUGGCGUUUUAAGUAAAGUUUGGCAGCAGAGGGGAAAUAAACAUGAGUUUCCAUAAGAAAGAAUGUAAUCUGCUGGAUGCAGAGUACUAAGACCAAAUUCCUAAGUCUUAAGACUAGAGAGUAAAUGUGUGCAUUACAAUAAAGUGCAAAUAGUUUUCCAGGAAAGUUGUUGAAUUAGGUGCUCAUUCUCCUUUAUUGCCUUGUUACAAAAUAAACACCUUGUUUAUAAUGCAUAUCCUUGUACCAGAUGAACAGUGACUACAAAAAGGUGACCUUAUGACUCUAGACAGAGAUCCAAUUACUGUGAAAUUACUCCUUAUUAGUCUGGAUUGUCUUUUAUAUAACAUUUGUUUUUGCAACAUUGAAGCCAGUGGAACUGAAUCAUAAAUUGUGGCAAGUUUGCCUUGUCCCACUAGAUUUUGUAGCCUCAUUACUACACUGAUAACUUAAAGAUAAGUUUCCAUAAUGCCAUUAGAGGUAUGGGGAAUCUGCACGAAGAACACAAAUGCCCUCUCAGUGCUUGGUUGGAUUCAGUUUGGUAGCAUCAGUUAAUCUGUCUUUUGAAACUAGGGAAAUUUUUCUCUGUUACAGAAAGAGGAAAGAAAUGGUUUCGGAGCAAAGAUAAGAUUACUGCUUCAAGUAAAUGGCUCAUAAAGCACAUCCCUAUAUUAAGAAACUAGUACAGACCUUCAUCUGAAACACCACCUCUUAACUACUUUGGUGGAAUAACCAAAGUUGCUCUUGUAAAAGUUUUGUAAUAGUUUCAUAUUCAUUUCUUCCUCCUCUUAAUAUUCUGUAUUCUUUACAAUUUAAGUACAAGUAGUCUUUGUUUAACUACCACAAUUGGGACUAGCAACUUGGUUCUUAAGCUAAGUGGUUGCUAAGUGAAACUGACUGUACUUAUAACAAUAGUAAUAGCAUUUAGGCUUAUCUACUGUUUUACAGUGCUUUUACAGCCCCUCUCUAAGCGGUUUACAGAGUCAGCAUAUUGCCCCCAACAAUUUGGGUCUUCAUUUUACCCACCUCGGAAGGAUGGAAGGCUGAGUCAACCUCCAGCCUGGUGAUAUUUGAACUGCCAAAUUGCAGGCAGGCGGCAGGCAGCAGAAGUAACCUGCAGUACUGCACUCUAACCAUUGGGCCACCGUGGCUCAAUUAUGACUUUAUUUCAUCUUUCUUUUGCUUUACAGACCUACAAGGAUUGUAAAAUUACUUUUUCAUCACCGUAGUUAACGGCAAACAGUCACUAAACAAGGUAGUCACUACCUAUAGAGGGUAACAGAAAUAAAUGCUGAAUUCGUACACAGGUAGCUCAAUUUACCACUAUUUGUUUGGUGAUCCAAGUUACAAUGGCACUGAAAAGAGCGACUUAUGACCAUUUCUUGCAUUUAUGACUCGCACACCAUCCCCAUGGUUAUGUGAUCAUAAUUCAGGUGCUGGGCAACGGGCAUGUGUUUAGAUCAGGGGUGGGCAACUGUGGCCCUUUUACAACCUGUGGACUUCAACUCCCAGAAUUCCUGAGCCAGCUUGGUUGUCUCAGGAAUUCUGGGAGUUGAAGUCCACAUGUUGUAAAAAGGCCACAGUUGCCCACUACUAGUUUAGAUGGCUGCAGCAUCUUAGGGUCAUGUGAUCAUCAUUUGUGACCUUCCCAGCUGGCUUCCAACAAAGUCAAUGGGGGAAGCCAGAUUCAUUUAACAUCCACCUUGCUUAGCAAUAGUAAUUAUGGUCUUGACUGUGGUUGUAUAUUGCAGAUUACCUGUAAAGAUUGAUACCCAAGUUUGAAAUAAUAAAUUAGUAUUUCUCCACA